UCGCAAUCACGCGACGUGGAAAUAACCACCGGUUUGAGCUAAUCGUCCUCCAGAAUCAUUUCGAACAGCGUUUGGAGAUGUGGAUGCUUGCAUAACAGUGUGGAUGGGGGGCGAGCAGGGUCAUGAGGGUGAACAUUACCUUUCAAUUGGAUUACGGGGGUCGCUACCGCAGAAGGAACGCGCUCUUCCUAUCAAUAAUUAAUCCAUUCCCGAAGCAGCGGGAAAGGGGGAGAGAGCACGCAGCUCCGGAGAUCCAAGUUUUGAACUGCAGUCACUGGUGUAUCAUGUCAAAAUCUGACAGUGCUUCGAGACGGGCUGACGAGGAGGACAAAGGAGGAUGAAGGAGGGAGAGGGACCGGGAGUGGUAGAGGAGGAAUAUAAUGAAGUUGAGUGGGAAAGGACUGUGUACCAUCGUCUCCAGCACCCUCCUCUUCGUCUGCGCCGUGAGCGAAGUUGUGGUCGGAUUCAAAUGCAUCUCGCUGGGCACCAAAGUAAAAGUGCAUUUUCACCUCUCGACCGCGGCUGGGGCUUUCUACUCGGGGAUACUGGUCGGACUAGGGCAGGCGCUGCUGGGUUUUGCGCUGCUUUGUUGCAAAGGCAAGCCCGGGUGUCGGAAUUUCUUUCUCAUGGGUAUCCUGGUGUUUUUGUUGGGAGUUCUCACCGCUUUCUCCGGCGCGGUGGUGGACGGGGACACUGUGUCUCUUGUGGAGCGCAAAUAUUCCCAUUAUUGCCUAGACAUAGACUCUGUGGAAUUAACCACCAUCUGCAACCAAUUGAAGGAUUAUCAGAAAAGUCUCGUCAUCUCGACCAUUUUUAGCACUUUGGAAUGCCUUCUUGGGCUUAUGAACUUGGUGAUCAUCAAAAGGUACAAAACCGCGCAAUUUUACAGACGGAGGCAAUCACAUAGGCAGAGCGCGGGGGAUAUUCUUUGCAGCGAGGAGCAAGACUUCACCGUGUCCGAAUUCCAACCGGUUUCCUAUAUUAACUUGGGGAUAUUUCACGUGUUCGACGAGGCAGGUGUGGAAGUACAAUGCAGGGGCCACCCGUCUAUCGAGCUCCCGGGUUAUUCACCCACGGAUCCCGAGCUCAACCACUCCUACCCGUUUUCUUACCCGCUCCCGAAUGAGCUCCCGCCCGCGUACGAAGACAUUUUCCCCGGAGACGAAAGUAACAAAUAGCAACUCAGAACAAACAAAGUUGCAACAUGGGCUCUACAUUCUGCAAUGACAAUCACUGUAUUUCCCCCUUCGGCCUAUUCAGUGUUGAGACAAACAAUCGUGGAGAGAUUCUUACCUAAACAGUUUUCCGUUCACAGCCGAAAACGGUUUCGCCUUCAUGCUUAUUUCUUCUUAGCAAAGGUAGCCUGCUGGUACACUGGCAGUAUAUGCACAUCUACUAUUAUACUGCCAAUGAACUAGCCCAUUGCCAUCGGUCAAAAUAGUGAAAAUAAUAAAGACACUUGAAACCGAUGUAUAGACCAUUAGAUGUUACCAUACGAGUUCAGAUAUCAAAGAAGCAUUUGUGUUUUGAAUUCAGAUUGUAUACACAUCAUAUGCCCAUAUAGUUUGCUGUUGUUAUUGUUUCCUUUAAAACA